AUGGGUAACGUAUCGAUUAGACGAUUUAUUGGAUGGAAAGGCCUGAUGGUAAGAUAUUCACUGGAAGAAACCUGGAAUGCUGUACUGAGCGUGAACAGAUGUCGAGGAAGUGGUGAAACUGCUAGAGAGACGGCGAAGAUACAGAUGACCGUACUGGGGGUGGAUCGUCUUGGUCAUGAAUCUUUGAUGGAUAAUUUCACAACGCAAGAAGGCUGGAGAAACGAUGUUGGAGAAAAAAUCAAGGAAAGAAGCAGAGAGAAACAGAGAGAGGUCGAUAGAUGCGAGUUUCAUCCUGUUUGGAACGAUACGAUGCGUGUGGAUACUAGAUGUGCUGCUACCGAGGACCGUGUGAGAUUGACAUGGAGUUUGAUGUUAAACUUACGAUUAUCAUCAGGAGAAGAAGGCAAGAUGUGCUUCACUGGAUGCCUUUUCAGAGUAGUAGACGCUGCAACUCUCAUGGUCUGUUAA